AUGGGGUGGGUAACAAAGGAGUGUGGAGUUUUUGUAUUUGUAUUUGUAAUUAUUUCAUGCGCGGAAAUUGGUCGCUCUGCUAGAUCGGAGCAGGAAAUUAGGGAAAGGUUUUAUGGAAAUUUAAUUAAUUCAUCGGCUCCAGGAAAUGGAGAGGGCAGUAUUGCGAAGAUGUUUGAUCGGGUUUUGGAGAAAGAGUUUUCUGAAAAUGAUCAGCCUGAAGGUUCUGAUGGAAGCAGCUUCAACAGCAGCGUAGCUGAUCAACAGGCUGUUCUAGAGACUGUGGCUAAAAUCACCCAUGAAAAGAUAAAGAAGAAUGAAACUCAAGAGGCCAACGGCACCAGAUCCUUCCAGUUUCAAGAUGUUUUCUCCCUUGAGAACGAAGAUUCUGAUGACACGACAACUCUGAUAGACCAGAAGGAUAACGUUUUUGUGAUGUCGAAUAAGAAAUCAAAAUACCCAAUACUUCAAGUAGAUUUAAGGCUAAUUUCAGACUUGGUGGUUGUUAUAGUCUCUGCUGCCAUUGGCGGAAUUAUCUCUUCCUGUUUGGGACAACCGGUCAUUGUUGGCUAUCUUCUAGCGGGAUCGAUUAUCGGACCAGGUGGUUUGAAAUUCAUCAGUGAAAUGGUGCAGGUUGAAACCGUUGCACAGUUUGGUGUUGUCUUUCUUCUAUUUGCUUUAGGACUUGAGUUUUCUCUAUCAAAGCUCAAAGUUGUGGGUCCUGUUGCUGUUCUUGGCGGGCUGCUUCAAAUAGUGAUUUUUAUGUUCUUGUGCGGCAUAAUUGCAGUGUUAUGUGGAGCAAAGUUGUCGGAAGGGAUAUUUGUUGGUUGUUUUCUCUCAAUGUCAUCAACUGCAGUGGUAGUUAAGUUUCUGGUUGAGCGGAACAAUAGUGAUGCUCUUCACGGGCAAGUGACAAUUGGAACCCUUAUUUUUCAGGAUUGUGCCGUUGGCUUGCUAUUUGCUUUGCUCCCCAUUCUGGGUGGUAACAGUGGCAUUUUGCAAGGAAUGGUUUCCAUGGGAAAAUUGCUGCUCACCUUGUCCUUAUAUCUUGCCGGUGCAGCUGUAUUGAUUUGGUCUUUUGUUCCUCGGUUUUUGAAGUUAAUGACACAACUUUCUUCACAACCAAACGAACUAUAUCAGCUAGCUGCAGUGGCCUUCUGCUUGUUGUCAGCUUGGUGCAGUGAUAAACUGGGACUUAGUCUUGAGUUGGGUUCGUUUGUUGCUGGAGUUAUGAUAUCCACCACUGACUUUGCACAGCAUACCUUAGAUCAGGUGGAACCAGUUCGUAACCUCUUUGCUGCUCUCUUCCUUUCUAGUAUUGGAAUGCUUAUACACGUACAGUUCCUCUGGACGCAUGUGGAUAUAUUGCUUGCCUCUGUUAUUCUGGUUAUAGUUGUUAAGACAGCAGUUGCUGCUACGAUCACAAAGACCUUUGGUUACAAUCUUAGGACAUCAGUUAUUGUUGGAGUGUUACUGGCACAAAUUGGUGAAUUUGCAUUUGUUCUCUUAAGUCGUGCCUCAAAUUUACAUCUUGUUGAGGGGAAGAUGUAUCUUCUUCUUCUUGGAACAACAGCUCUGAGUCUUGUGACUACUCCUGUUGUAUUUAAAUUGAUACCAGCUCUGAUGCACCUGGGAGUUCUUAUGCAUUGGUUUCCAUCGGAGAAUGGCACUAAUAAUGAGGAGAAAGUCUCUAUGAUUGAAGCACGUGACAGAUUCUUGUAA